AUGCAGGGUUGGCCAUGUCGCUCAGCCGAAACGGUUUUUUCGCGGAUCUCGGACAGCAGGGAUAGGCGGAAAAGGGCGCUCAAAAAGAGAAAAAACCCUGAAUCCCAAACCCUCUGCGUCUCAAAGGCCCUACAGCACAAAAAAACUGGGACUCAUCUUGCACCAACUGAGGAGAAGCGGAGAGAGCUGUGUGGGCCAUAUGAUGUGGACAUGGCAGAUCUCGAGGACGAUGCAGAGUUCGAGGAUGCUGGGAAGGUGUGCUACGUCUUUGAGAUGCUGGCCAGGCGAGGUGAUCCCGAGCAGAGUGGCCACGUUUCAUGCAGUAGAAGACAAUGA